UUUUUCCGCAGGGAAGGAGUGUCCAAAUCAGUUUAAUAUGACGUCGAUGUUUGAUAAUUCAGAUGAUGAAUGGGAUGCGCCUCCUGCGGCCAAGAAGGCGAAUGUUGAUGCUGAAGAACCCCUGAGUCUUUCAUCCCCUUCUUCCACUGGAGUCACUCUCACAAAUGAGCAGAAAAAGCGGAUUGAAGCAAACAGGCAAAAGGCUCUGAUGAUCCAACGCGAACGGGAAUCCAGAGCCAAGAAGGAACAAUGGAAAGCGGAAAAGGCCGCAAAGGUUGCCAAGCAAGUCGAAAACGACAAGCGAAAGGCCGCCAUUUUGUCCCACGCAGAGCGCAUAGUGCAGUACAACGACACUAAACUCAUCGACAGUGGCUCGGGAUUUUUCGUUUCGGAAGGCGACCUGAUUGAAUGCGAGUCUAAAGAGAAACGGGUUGUUCUGACGGAAAAGAAGGCUCCGAUUUUAGCACACGACGGUCAGCCGGAUUGCGAUGAGUGCGGGAAAGGAUUCAGCGCUUCGUACUUGUUCGAGCAUUUCGACGAACCUGUCUGUGACGCAUGUCGGGACAAGGACGAAAAGCACGCAUUGAUCACCAAGACUGACGCAAGGAACGAAUUCCUCUUGAAAGACUGUGACCUCGACCUGAGGGAACCCCUUCUUCGCUUCCUCACUCGCCCGAACCCACACAACCAACGCUGGGGUCAAAUGAAACUCUAUCUCCGGUUACAAGUGGAAAAACGAGCCUUGGAAGUCUGGGGCUCCGAAGAAGCCCUGGAGGAAGAGCACGAGCGCCGCGGCGGCAACAAAGAGCGGACGAAGCAGAAGCGAAUGGAGAAGAAGGUG